GGGGCAUGAGCCAUGUUGUUCAGACAAUAAAGCGCGGAGGAGCUGCUACAUUAGUGAGAGGCGCGCAUUAAUCGUGUUAGUCGCUACUGAGACACUGACCGGAUCGUGUCUCUUUGGCAAUUUAUUAGUUUUUUUUCCUUCUCUGUGGCAAAAAUUUAAAUUUAGUCGUGUGAUUAAAUAUUUCUCAACAACACCCAACUGUUUUAUUGCAACAUUCCACUCUUGUGGAUAUUUUACGAGAAGAAAAAAAACUGCAAGGAAAAUAAUUAUUUUUUUGAGACAAACAAUAGAAGAUCAAGCAAAAAUUUAAUUUCACUUUAAUUACGUCCGUGGGCUAAGUAGUAGUGUCUCCUGCUGCUUAAUUUAUAUAAAAUAUAUUAAAAUAUCAGUUCAAGCAGCAAAUAGUUUUCAUUCAGAUAAGGCUGAUUCAAAGUGGUUCAGUCUCGCUGCUUCUCGACUCUGCGCGAUUAAGUUGAGUGAAUAAAGAAUGGUGCUAAAUCAUCUUAUGGUGAUUGACGGCGGUUUCGCCACACAAUUGACCGUCCAUGUGGGGCACAGCGUCGAUGGGGAUCCGCUGUGGAGCGCAAGAUUCAACUCCACAAAUCCCUCAGCCAUCAUUAAGACGCACUUGGAUUUUCUUCAAGCUGGUGCCGAUGCAAUCAUCACCAACACCUACCAGGCUAGUGUGGAAGGCUUCAUGGAGCACCUGGACCUAGAUGAGGAACAGAGUGUGGAGCUAAUUAAAUCCACCGUUCGCCUGGCACAUCUGGCAAGGAAUAAAUUCUUAGCUGAAGCACCACAAGUGCCCAAAGAAUUGCCUUGGAUUUUGGGAUCAAUUGGCCCGUAUGGGGCACAUCUGCAUGAUGGCUCUGAAUACACAGGAGAGUAUGCGGACACAGUGGAUGCGGAGGUGAUCAAGAAAUGGCAUCGUGUGCGAAUUGAGGCUGUUCUCGAGGCAGGAGUUGAUGGGCUUGCCAUCGAAACAAUUCCCUGCCGCAUGGAAGCUGAGGCUCUUGUUGAGAUUAUGACUGAUGAGUAUCCCGAUGUGAAGUACUGGCUGGCAUUUCAGUGCAAAGACGACCAGUCGAUUGCUCAUGGGGAGAAUUUUGCCGAGACCUGCCAGGCAAUUUGGACGAAAGCCAAAGAGUCUUCCAAUAUCCUUGCAAUCGGAACAAAUUGCGUCAAUCCAAGAAUCGUCUCACCGCUUUUCAAGGCAGUGAAUUCUGGCUAUCCCGAAGCCCAAAAGAUCCCCCUGGUCGUGUACCCAAACAGUGGGGAGACCUACACAGUUAAGGAUGGCUGGACCGGAAAGGAAGACUGCCAACCCCUUGAGAAUUAUGCUGGGGAGUGGAUUUCUCUCGGUGCAAAAAUCAUUGGGGGAUGCUGUAGAACCUACGCCAGAGACAUACAGCGUAUCAAAAAAUUUGUUGAGAAUCUUUAAACUUUUUUUCAUUUUUUGUUGAAUUUUUUUAUUAAUUUUUUGUAACGAUUCUAAAGAAAUAUUUUUUUUGUAAUAAAUAAAAUGAUUUAAAAAAUUA